UUUGUGUUGGAGUUCUUAAUAAAUUGGUUAGCACUUUAUCUUCUGAAGAAAAGUCGUCUGCGCCUCAAAUUGAAGCAAAGUUUCAAGAAUUAUGCCUCAAUACAAAAAAAUCUGAAAAUAGAUUCUGUUAUUAUGUUGGAGGUCUUGAAGAAUCUGCUACAAAAAUAGUUUCUGAAAUGUCUAAACCUUUGUCGUGGGGACUUCCCGUUGAUAAAGUUUGUGAAAAAUUGAAGAAAAAAGAUGUUCAGAUUUGUGAUUUACGAUAUGAAAAAACAAUAGACUUAAAGACAGUGGACUUAAAGAAGUUGAAAGUAAGAGAUUUAAAGAAAAUCCUUUCAGAUUGGGACGAAAGGUGUGAAGCUUGUCUUGAAAAAACUGAUUACAUCAAGAAAAUAGAAGAAUUGAAACCAUUAUAUACUAGAGAAGAACUGUGAAAGCUUAAUUUCUAUUAAAAGUGGUUUUAAUAUUAAUUCAUUUGUUUGAAUGGGAAAGACUAUUCAUAGCAUUUGAUAUCGCUGUACUUUUUUUUUUGUACAUUUUGUUUAAAUUGUGCACAUAAAAUGUAAAAUACUACAAUUUUCAUAAAGUUAUACAAAACUUG